AUGGCAAAUGCAUCUGGCUUACGAUCUCCCCCUACCCCACGCUCAGAGGUUUCCUCUCCUCGCCCAAGCUUUGAUUCGGAGUUGUUGAAAGCUUAUAUAAAGAAAUUGCUGUCUACCACUUUAAGCUCGUCUGUAUGGCCGGAGCCAAAAGAUCGCGAUCGUGUCAGGUCCUGGAUGAAGGAGAUUGGAGACAGGGUAAAGGACAGGAUGUUGGAAAUUCAGCCAAAAGGAUUUAAAUAUGUUGUGCUUACACAAGUGAAUGAGAAUCUGGGACAAGGUGGUCGUGCGGAUAUGGUUUGCCACUGGGAAGAUACGGAUACGGUAGCGCAGGAGGUGUACGUCAACGAUUCCUUGAUUUGCAUAUGCAUAGCUCUGGCCAUACGAUCGUUUUGA